AUGGAGGAAACGAGCCGAGUCUCAGCAGGCGCUGAGCUCGUGCACACCGUGGAGAUUGGAGCAGCAGGCCGACAAGGUGCCUGGAGACGACCGCUUUUUGAGGAACUCGCAAGCGUGCACGAGCGAUCAGCACUUUACGGCCAGUACUUCGCCAAAAGCGGGGUGAAGGAGCUGGAUGUGGCCCUCGGCGGUGGCCUGCGUCCUGGCCAGUACAUAGAGCUGCGGGGCCGAAGCGGGACUGGCAAGAGCCUGCUCUGCAACUCUGUUCUCUCGCGAAAUAUUCACACUUUCCGAAUCGUAUACUUGGAUAGUGAAAAUAAUCAUCAGUGCGUGGAUCUGGUUCAAACGAGGUUGCCACAAAUCUCAUCAAGUUCGUAUUAUCAGCUUUUCCCCGUUUUUUGUAUAGAGGACGUGCUAGACGUACUGCGCCAGACGGAGGCUGAAGAGGAGCGUCGACUUUGUCACUUUACAAUGCAUGAGCACAGCGGCACUAGUUUGCAACCCCUGCUGCUGAUCUUUGACGCUGUCAGUGGUUUCGUUGCCGCCGCAACAGGCACUGAUCCCGACCCGCUGAUUGAGACUGGGCUACGGCUGCGCUCCCUGGCUUGCAUCUACAAUGCAAUUGUUCUCGUCUCGAAUAGUAUGCCAAUAAUGCCAUGGAUUUCUCGAUGUGCACCAAUGCCACCGUGCGGCAUUAUUAUUGAAACUGGGCCAGCACUUAGGGUGAAUACCGGCAACGAACCAAUUGUAGUGGGUAGCCUGCGCGGGCCUCAGCCAACUUGCGGUGCACAACGCAGGGAAGUCUCUCUACAUAUGUUGGAACACAAUGGAAAGGAUCAAGACAGCUAA